GAUGCUCCCGAUUUCCAGUAAUCCGAUCAUUUAGCUUAUGACUUCCAUUGAUUUCUACUUGUAUUUUUAUGGAUAAUUUCUGAUCGACUGCAUCACAUGCUACUUAUAUGUUUGACUUUCUCACUUCUAUGGUUUUCGCUUAAUCUUUGCCUUUUUUUAAUAACUAAGAAUCGCUUGAUUUAGAUUUUAAGUUGUUGCUGUCGAUUUGCAGAUUUGAAACCCAAUAUGAAGAAAUUGUUCAUCAUGGGGAAUCGUUAUCUUUGGCUAGCUUUGUGUGUAUGUGCUUUCAUACCCUCAAUGCUCGAUGCUUCCUCUGAUGGGUUACAGAGAAUUAAUGUGAAGAAACGAGCUUUGGAUAUUAAUAACAUUAAAGCUGCAAGAAAAGGAGAUAAAUAUGCAAAACGUCUUGAGAACAGACUUCUUGGUUUGGGUGAUCCUGAUGCUGAUGCAGAUUCAGUCCCUCUAACCAACUACUUGGAUGCCCAAUACUAUGGUGAGAUUAGCAUUGGUUCACCCCCUCAGACGUUCGAUGUCAUAUUUGAUACCGGAAGUUCAAAUCUUUGGGUUCCAUCAUCCAAGUGCAUAUUUUCCAUUGCUUGCUACUUCCAUAACAGGUUUAAGGGAGCAAAAUCAAGUACCUACACAAAAAUCGGGGACCAGUUGCAGAUAAACUAUGGAUCUGGUUCGAUUUCUGGAUUCUCUAGUAAAGACACUGUUCAAGUUGGUGAUCUCUGUGUUGUAGAUCAAGAUUUUAUUGAGGUUACUAAAGAAGGGAGUCUCUCGUUUGUAAUUGGAAAAUUUGACGGAAUUUUUGGGCUUGGGUUUAAGGAAAUUUCAGUAGGUGGCUUGCAGCCUGUCUGGUACAAUAUGGUAGAACAAGGGCUUGUUAAAGAGCAGGUAUUCUCUUUUUGGCUUAACCGGAAUGAAGCUGACGAAAAUGGGGGUGAGCUUGUGUUUGGUGGUGUUGAUCCAAAACACUUCAUAGGGGAGCACUCAUACGUUCCUGUCACUAAAAAGGGUUACUGGCAGUUUGAUAUGGGAGAUUUCCUUAUUGGAAACCAAUCUACAGGAUUCUGUGAAGGUGGCUGUGCAGCUAUUGUGGAUUCUGGAACAUCCUUGCUCGCGGGUCCAACAGUAUGGAUCUUCUCUUUCAACAUCAACACAUACAUAUUUCUUGUCACUACUAAACUGCUUUGUAAAUUUCAGACUAUUGUGACCGAGAUCAACUAUGCAAUUGGGGCUGAAGGAGUACUCAGCAGUGAAUGCAAAACCCUGGUUAAUGAAUAUGGAGAUAUGAUCUGGGAUCUCCUAGUAUCCGGGGUAACCCCUGGAAAAGUUUGUUCACAGGCUGGUUUAUGUUUCUCCAGUGGAGCUCAAUCUGUGAGUUCAAAUAUUGAAUCAGUGGUCGACAAAGAGAAUGGUGGAGUUGGGGAUUCGGUGUUAUGUGAAGUGUGUCAAAUGGCUGUUAUUUGGAUGCAAAACCAACUGCGACAAGCUGAGACCAAGGAAGCAGUGUUAAGUUAUGUGAAUAAGCUUUGUGAGAGCAUACCGAGCCCAGCUGGAGAAUCAGUAAUAGAUUGCAACAGCCUCUCUAAGAUGCCCAAUGUUUCAUUCACCAUUGGGGAAAAACUCUAUACCCUCACUCCAGAACAGUAUAUUCUGAAAACCGGAGAAGGGAUUGCUGCGGUCUGCAUCAGUGGAUUCAUGGCUUUGGAUGUGCCACCUCCAGCAGGCCCUCUAUGGAUUCUGGGAGAUGUGUUCAUGGGAGUCUACCACACUGUGUUUGACUACGGGAAUCUGCAGCUGGGGUUUGCUAAAUCGGCUUAAUUUAUUAGCCGGUUAGCAUGAAAGUGAAGGCUGGUGUAAAUAAAUGAAUGGAUGUAUCGUUUACUUGGAUAUGUUCAUUUCCGGUAUGGUGCAUGUUAGGAUGUUUAUUAUUUCCACUGCUUGUGAUCUUUCAUGGUCACAUACGGGUUCGUUAUGUAAAAGUGAACUUAUCAUGUAUCCUUUGUAUCGCAUGUAACGUUUGACACCCAAAAUGGUUGGUUAUGCAAAUAUGGUAUUUGUCACA